AUGUUGCACCUGAGUACUGUAGCUGUUACAGUAUUUUUACUUGUGACUGCUACCAGACAAGAUGAUGACAUUGGUUACUUUUGGCAUUUAAGUGAUAUUCACUGUGAUUUAAAAUAUGUAAAUAAAUCAUGUAAUCUUCCAUAUGGUAAUUAUUCUUGUGAUUCUCCACUCAAACUUGCUUUAAAUGCAAUCAAUGCAACUAGAAUGUUAUUUGCUAAAACACCGGAUUUUGUUAUUUGGAGCGGUGAUAAUGGGCCACACGAUGACAGUUUGACAUCCGAUCAACUUUUGGAUGGCAUCCGGUUAAUAAGUAAAGCGUUGAAACAAUCAUUUCCAGUGGAUGAAGUUUACAUUCUACCUGUAUUAGGUAAUCAUGAUGUUGUGCCUGCAAAUACUAUGGAAAUUACACCACAAAGUCGUUCACGUUUUGAAUUGUGUCACAAACUUGGUAAUGAUGUAGAUUUAUGGGGUGAAUGGAUUAAUCAUCGACAAAAGAAACAUUCAUCAUCAUCACGUUCCUCUUCUUCUUCCUUCUUCUCAUCAGAAAAUUCAUUCGACUUUCCAAUGGCUAAUUUCUCACAAACUUGUUUCUUCUCACAUUAUCUUGUAUAUAAUACUACUUCCAACAAUCAUUCUAAUACUGAUAAAAGCAAUCAUAACUCUGAAAUUGCUCAUCAACCUAAUUUACUUCUAAUCAGUUUAAAUGGUCUAAUCUGGUAUCAAGGGAAUAUAUUAGCUGGUACUAAUGAUCCAGAUCCAUUGGGUCAAUUAAAUUGGCUUCGAAAAACAUUUGAAUGGGCAAGAAAACGAAAAGAUAAAGUUUUACUUGUUAGUCAUUUCCCUCCGGGUGCUUCAGAAAAUGCUCCACAAUGGUAUCAAUUUCUUCGUCCAGAAAUCAAUGAUCAAUUUGUGAAUAUAUUAAUUGAUAAUGCAGAUUUAUUAAUGACUGGAUUAUUUGCCCAUGAACAUGUGGAUAGUUUUCGAUUAUUAGUAUCUAAAUCAAAUGUACCAUUAGCAUCUUUAUUUCUUAUGCCUUCCAUUUCUCCAUUAAUGUUACAUGGAUUAGGUGAUUUUAAUCCACGUAUUCGAUUAUAUCGAUUUAAACGUUCCACAAUGACCCUAUUAGGUUAUUCACAAUAUUAUUUUAAUUUACAAAAUCAAUUAUUCAAUUCUGAUCCAUUCAAUUAUUGGCAAUUAGAAUAUGAUACAAUGGAUACGUAUCAUUUAACUGAUUUAUCUGCAAAUUCAUUCAAUCUAUUAUGGUAUAAUUUCUCUAAAGAAGAUAAUCAUUAUUGGUCAAAAUAUUGGAAUUAUGAAUUAGGCGGUCGACCACAUGUAUUCAAACCAAAUUAUCUUACAGAGAAUGGUCUUUGUCCACGAGCCAAAUCCCAAUGUCGAUGUGAUCAUUUAUGUGCUAUACGAUUUUUGAUUAUAUCCGAUUUAACUAAUUGUCUUCAAUUAUGUAAAGAUAUAAAAUACAUUCAAGACAAUGAAGUAGUUGGCAAUGGUGGUGAUAAUAGUCUUCAACAUCCAAUGUUUGCUGAUGCUGAUGCUGCUGUUGCUCCUGAUUAUCCUAAUAAAAAUAGCACCUAUUUAAAUCAUUCAAUUAACAAUCAAACAAGUAUUACAAAUUCUAAUGAACGUAGUAGUCUACCAUAUAUUAUUGGUGUGAUUGUUGCCUUUUUAGUGGUAUUAGUCGGUAUUGUUUUAAUUGUUAAUCGUGAAGUAUGUAAUCGACAUAGAGUUUAUCAUCAGCGUACAUCAUUACUGGCCAGUGUAAUCGGUAUCAAUGGAACUAAUCCUGGAAGUAUCGGUGGGAAUGGUCUAUUUUUAAAUACAAUUAAUGGUGCAUUACCCAGCUCUUCAUUUCUUCAUGGAUCAUGUUCAGUUGCUAAAGAUAACGAUCAUUGUACCGGUGGUUCGUGUAUUGAAUUGCGUACAGCUUUUCAUCCAUCCUAUGAUGAUUUCUAUUCGGAAUAUCUUAAUAAAUCUGUCACAUCUUUAAAUGCAAUCACAUACUCCAACGGUACUACUACUACUACUACUAAUAAUAAUAAUCAUAAAGAAUCAGAUCGAAUGAUGAAUCAAUACAAUGUAGAGAAUUCCUUUGCUCCAUUGGAGCAUAAUGAUACAAUCCUGUCACCAUCUCAUAUGAAUUCCUACUAUGAAAAUCCUAGUGAUAAUAGUAAUAAUAAUAAUAAUAAUAAUAAUAAUAAUAAUAACCAAAGCAUAAAAGAAAAGUAUAUUAGUAAACGAUAUUCCCUACCGAAUUAUGCUUAUUUUAAAAAAUAUCUAUCUAGUCAUAUUAAUCCAACUGGUCGAAUGGUGUAUGUAGUGAAUCAACUGUUUGAUCGUUGUGGACAUACUAGUAGUCGGGUAAGUCAUAUACACAAUAAUGAUACUGUUAAUAAUAGUAAUAAUAUGAAUGCAAACACUACUAAUACUAACAUUGGUAAUUGUAAUGAUACUGAACAAUAUGUGUUGAAUAAAAUCUUAUCAACUGAUGAGAAAAGUUAUACAACAUCUGAAAGAUCAUCCAAUAGUCAACAUACACAGUCACAAAACAUUUAUCAUCAUCAUCAUCAUCAUUAUCAGAAAGAGGAUCUUCAUUAUCGUCAAAACAACAGUUGCCUUCCUGAAGAUUAUUAUGCUGAUGAUGAAGCGUUCGGUGAUGAAGACUAUAAUGAUCUUCAUCAUAAUACUCAUGUUUAUUAUCAUUCACAGAAAGAUCAGAACAACAAAGCAAAUAAUAUCUGUACUGAUACAGUUGCUGAUAGGGAUAAUCAUCAAGAUCAAAGAGAGUUAUCAAUAUUAUCACAAACUGGUUAUCAUCAAUUAACUAGUAAUAAAAGGCCUAAAUUGAAUCAAAUAAAAAAACAAUUCAGUUCUCAUCGAAGUCACCAUUAUCAUCAUCAUCCUCCUCCUCCUCCUCAUCAUCAUCAUCAUGAACAACAUCAACAUGAUAAUGAUGUUCAUCGUAAAAGUAGUACCAAUGAUGAAGAUCAUGAUUCAAUGAAUGAUCAUCUUUUUCAUUAUGAUCAAGAAUCAAAACUUCUUAAUAAUAAUAAUAAUGUUCAUAUUGGUAGAAGAAAAUAUUUCAAAGAUCAUAAAUUCACAUUUUGUCGUACAAAAUCAACUAAUCCAAAUGAUUCAUUCAAUAAACAUCAUGUUAUAAAUCAUUCAUCAUUUUCAUCAUCCUAUUCUUCACCUUUAAAAUCAUCUCAUUCUAUAGUACAUAGUCAAUCAUUAAUUCUAAAUGAAAUGAAUCCUAAUACUACUAAAGACAAUACUACUUUAUGUAGUAGUAGUAGUAUUAGUAGUAGUGGUAGAAAACAUAAAUCUAAACAUAAUCUACAUAAUAUAUCAACAUCUUCAUUGACAUGUUUACCAAAUGAAUUAGAUAUUCAUUUAAACAAUAAAAUGAAAAUGAUUCAACAACAAAAUUUUGAUCAUCAUCUAUAUCAACAGUCACAUUCAAGUUAUACAUCACCGUCUAAAUAUCGACCACAAUUUUCAUUAUCAUCAAUACCAUUAUCGCGAACACCAAAACAUAAUCACGAUCACGAUCAUGAUCAUGAUCAUCACUUGUAUCCGGAUCAACAUACUCUUAUUUCAUUUUCAUUACCAAAUCAAACGGAUCAAAAAUUAUCAUUGAAUUUAGAUCAUUUAAAUAGAAAUAAUGAUAGAUUACAACAUGAUGAUAUGAAUGAUAGAAAUCAUUUAAGUAGUAGUAGUAAUAAUAAUAAUAAUAAUAGUAACAUUAUCUCUUUAAAGAAUUUCCCCUCAACUACAAAAAAUGUAUCCAUUGUAAAUAUACCUAAAUGUGAUUAUGUUCGAUUGUCUAGUUAA